CUAUCGGGUCCACCCUUGAUACAUCUACAAUCGCAUCCUUUUUUUUUCUUUCUUUUUUUCUUUUUGCAGCCAUGGCCGAAGACCCAAGAGACCGUUGGAGAGCAAUUUAUGAGCGACCUCCACCCUCCGGAGCCAUCAAGCGCGCUCCUUUUCCACCGGCGCCCAACUUGCACAGCGAGGUGACCUUUGCGCCGCAUGUGUGUCGCGACGAUGCGAAAGUGGCUUACCGCUUGUGGUCUCUUCCAGAUGGGGAGUUGGGGGCUACCAUGGAUGACCAAGCUCGCUUUUUGGAUCCAGUCUCGGAUGAGGAAACGGCGGCCAUGCCGAUGCAUGUCUUGGCCAAGAACGUCUAUGAUCAUCUGAUGCGAGACAAUUUAAUGCCGCCAACAGAUGGGGAAUGGGAGGCCAAAUGGCGGGCGACCGGAUUGGACCGAAGGAGUUGGAGCUAUAGGGAGAUUCUAGACGAUCUACGGGGCGACAGGACCAAAGUCGUUCGGGUCCAUGGGUACGAUGUCCUGACCUCGACCUACUGGACGGUCAUCCAGUUGAGAGAGGAACUGGAGAGGCGCGGGGUCCCCUCCAGAGGUCUGAAUUCACGCGAGUUACGCGAACGCCUCUACUACCACGAGCGAUAUAGCUUUCUGCGGCGCAGCGAUCUCUCGCACUGGGGGAUCACCCGAGGAGCUGGUGCAAGAUAUACGAUCCGACUGGAGGACGGGAACAACAAGCGCUAUAAUUGUCUCGAGAUGUACACCUGCGCCAUUAUAUUGAGCCCCUACAACCCGGCAUACUGGCUGAGCAGAGCCUACUGCCACUAUCAGCAGGCAUUCUUUGACCUGGCCAUUGGAGAUGCCUACCGCGCGCAACUCCUGUACGAAGUGCUCUUUGACCCGCUGCUGCGGAACCGGCAGUCCAAGCUCUACACGUCGAUUUGGCAUGCGAUCGAAGAGCAUAUUACGGUUGCUGCGAUGGGGAAUGAUGAACGGGAUGUAGACGCGUUGGAGAUGAUGCGCCGGGGAAACGGAGUCAACUCUUUCAUCCCGACCCUUCGGAAGGCCGCCCAGAAUAUCACCAAUCUCAGUCUGCUCGCGCUCCAGGAUUGGAACGACCAUAAGAUUAUGGAGAACAAUCUCAGACAGAAAGCCAUCAUGCCGGCGCGUGACUCGGAGCCCUUCACGAACAGGCUUUUGAUCGUGAAGCAGCAGUGCCUCGAUGACAUACGCGAGAGGAAGAAAGGGGCGGGGCCUUUUCUCUUCCACGAGACGAACAGCGGGAGCAUCCCUGGUGGCCGAAGAUACCCAUUUGAGCUGGAUGAUAAAUCCCGCUACGAUGACGAAUUCGUGGACCGACUGAGCCAACAUCUGUUUGCUGGGAACAAUCGGCCUAUUUGGACGUCGUGUAAGAUCGACAAGAGAAUGUUUCCCGACGACGCCACUACCACCGAUGACCAGGACCAGGAUCAGGACCAGAAGCCGGGCCUCGGGGUGUUCGCAGCGGAAGAUAUCCCGAGUCGAGGUCUGAUUUUUGCAGAAGAACCUUCGAUGAGAGGGCAUGUCCAUUGUUCUAGAUUGUAUGGAAAAGAACCACCGCUCGAAUACGACGACACUAGGUGUGAGAAUUGCCGUAAGGAUAUCCCACCCGACACCAUGGACAGAUAUGACGAAAUCAAAAACCAGUUGACCGGAGACGAUCAUCCUGAAGGGUGCAAAUGUGCCGAUGCAGAGAUGACAGUCUACUUCUGCCCAGCACAAAUUCUAGAAGAUGGCCAAUUGUCUUGCGCGCAGAUUGCUCGACAACUUUACCAUUUUGGGGCCUGCGGAAAGAGCUGGGGAUGGCUCCAUGAUGCCAUGCGACCUUGCACAUCCGUCUACCUCACGGACGGCAAAUACCACUUUUCACACACCAAUGAGGACCAUGGCACGCUGCUGAGCCUUCUUCUACGAGAGGUGUUUGACGUCACACUCCACAGGCGUGGGCAGAAUCCACAUCUCAUGGCCCAUGAGAUCGACGAGCUUCUCGUCCUAGAAGACCACCACGAUUGGGACUCGCGGAGCUUCCCAUUCACCCUGGCAGCCAACAUCCAAGUCCCCUUCAACAUCCUAAUGCAACUAGGGGUGGACAUCUUCCGCGAUCUCAGCUUCGACACCUGGGUGAUCCAAACCGUCCUAAGGAAGCUACUGGUCAACGCCCUCCCGUGGGAUCGCUCCUUGCGAGGCACCAAUAAACCAUAUAGAGACAAAACUCUACCAAGCUCCGGAGUGCAGCACCGAUGGACAGCGGAACCAGAAAGAUUCGUACCCUACGAUCCGGACUUCAAAAACCUAUAUCUCUUCCCUGGGUUCAGCAUGUUCAACCAUGCCUGCGGGGACAAAAGCAACGCCGCAUGGGCUUACGACAGGCAGGUACCGAACCGCGUGAUGGUAUGGGCCACCAAAAACAUCAAGCAAGGCGAAGAGAUCCUCCUCUCUUACCUUGAUGGGCCGAAGCCACCCGUGAGAUCGCUGACUCGGGUCCUGGGCAAACCCUGCGUUUGCGGCGCCGCCCACGAUGACAAUGGUACAUAUGCAAGCCGGGAUCCCCCGCCUGUCCCUCCGCAUAUAAACCCUACCCUGGCCCCCCACCCUGCCAAAACCCUCAUUCCUGCCAAGGCCGCCCACCCUAUCAAGGCCGCCAACCCUACCAAGGCCGUCCACCCUACCAAAGGCCCCCACCCUCACAAGGCCAUCAGACCUCCCAGAGCCAAGGCCCUCACAGCCGAUGAAUUGCUCUACAUAGAAGAACGAAGAAGAAGAAGCGAGCGUCAGCGGAACAGAGAAAAUCGCGCUGAAGAAGAGGAUGAUAUCUCACAUGGGGAUGAUCCAGAUGAAGGGGAAAUCUCACAAGAAGAUGAUACAGGAGAAGGGGAAAUCCCACAAGGAGAUGGUAUAGGAGAAGAGCAACAUAAUGGGCAGGCUGAUGGACAGGCUAAGAGAAAACGUACGAAGGGAAACUCUCCUGCUAGUGGUCGAAGGCCCAGACGGAAAGUUGCUAGGCGGUAACUUUUUUUCUAUUAUGUUCUAUCUAUCUUACUUCUAGUUUUUUGUUUGUUCUGCUCUUGUUGUUAUUCUGUUCUUGUCUUCGUUCUUGUUCCCAUUCUCAUUUUUUUGCUGCUGUUCUUGUC